AUGGCAAUGUUUUCCUGGACUUCAAGCGAAGCGAUCAACGGCAUGUAUAUCCCGUCCGCUCUCCUGAUUUUCGGUACUGCCAUUGUGAAGAAGGAAUGGCUUCCCUACGCAGUAGCUCUCGCCGCGAUUUUGUCUGGGGGGAAAGUGUUUAGCAACAGACAACGGAAGGUUCUCAAUCCCACCGAAUUCCAAAACUUUGAAUUGAAAGAGAAAACCAUCGUCUCUCACAAUGUCGCCAUUUACCGCUUCGCCCUCCCGCGCCCUACAGAUAUCCUUGGUUUACCCAUUGGUCAACAUAUUUCUCUCGCUGCAACUAUCGAGGGCCAGACAAAGGAAAUCAUGCGAUCUUAUACCCCUAUCUCUUCGGACCAGGAAGCAGGCUAUUUCGACCUUCUUGUCAAGGCAUAUCCUCAAGGAAACAUCUCGAAACAUCUUGCUGGCUUGCGCAUUGGCCAAACUAUGAAGGUUCGAGGUCCGAAAGGAGCUAUGGUUUAUACCCCCAACAUGGUUAAAAAAAUUGGUAUGAUCGCUGGCGGCACCGGAAUUACGCCAAUGCUCCAAAUCAUUAAAGCUAUUAUCCGAGGAAGGCCGCGGAACGGAGGCAACGACACCACCCAGGUUGAUCUGAUAUUUGCCAACGUCAACCCGGAUGACAUCCUCCUAAAAGAUGAACUGGACCAGUUGGCGAAGGAGGAUGAUGGAUUCCGAGUUUUCUAUGUAUUAAACAACCCACCAGAAGGCUGGGAAGGUGGCGUUGGCUUCGUUACUCCAGAUAUGAUCAGGGCCAAACUCCCGGCUGCCGCGCCCGAUACAAAGGUCUUGAUCUGCGGACCACCUCCCAUGGUUAGCGCCAUGAAGAAAGCAACUGAGUCCCUGGGAUUCAAGAAGGCUGGACUCGUUAGCAAACUAGAGGACCAGGUAUUUUGCUUUUAG